GCCCCGCCAACCUGCGCGUGGAGAAAGGCGCAGCGGCCUCCGCGCCCUUCCGACCCGUGCGCUUUUCUGGGGUCCCCCGUCCGAGCCCCAUCCCGACACUGAGCAGAGCAUCUCACUGCAGACCUGGAUGCAGCGCCGAGGCUUCCUCCUCCUCGCCCUCCUCGCCCUGCUGGCGCUCACCUCCGCGGUGGCCAAAAAGAAAGACAAAGUGAAGAAGGGAGGCCCGGGGAGCGAGUGCGCGGAGUGGAUCUGGGGGCCCUGCACCCCCAGCAGCAAGGACUGCGGCGUGGGUUUCCGCGAGGGCACCUGUGGGGCCCAGACACAACGCAUCCGGUGCCGGGUGCCCUGUAACUGGAAGAAGGAGUUUGGAGCCGACUGCAAGUACAAGUUUGAGAGCUGGGGGGCAUGUGAUGGGGGCACAGGCACCAAAGCCCGCCAAGGCACCCUGAAGAAGGCGCGGUACAAUGCCCAGUGCCAGGAGACCAUCCGUGUGACCAAGCCCUGCACCCCCAAGACCAAAGCCAAGGCCAAAGCUUCAUUCCUGACUCACAGCAGCCCUGGAGGCCAACAGGGCAGAGUGGAAUCUGCCCACUUCUCAGCCAAGAAAGGGAAGGGAAAGGACUAGCGGCCAGGCCUGGAUGCCAAGGAGCCCCUGGCUUUACUCGGAGGCCUGGCCCACGCCCUCCCUCUACCGGCCCAGGAUGUAACCCACCAGUGCCUUUUGCCUGCUCGUUAGCUUUAUCAAUCAUGUCCUGCUUCUUCCCUUUCACUUGCCCACACCCACCCCAAGUGCCCAAAGUGGGGAGGCACAAGGGAUUCUGGGCAGCUUGAGCCUCGCCCAAAGGGAUUUGAUUCCCCUGUACCCACUUUUCUUCUUCCCCCAAUGAUGCCAUUACUAAGAAAUAAAUAAAUGUCUUUUUUUUUUCCCCCAAUAAAAGCUUUCUUUUAAUAUAUAAAA